UCAGUUCCAUCCUGCGACUUGGAAGCGAAGCACGCGUCUCUUGAUUUAUGGUGCGCGGUCAGUUCAGACCAGAUUCAGAUUCCGGUUUCGAUUCUUUUUUAGUAGGGCCAAGUGUUCCCUAGGCCUAAUGAGCCCCUUUGCGUGUUAAUUGCGAAUUAAUGACUGGCGAUUAAAAUGCAAUAAUCGCUUGCAUGGUACCCUACGAAUGAACCUCUACGGUUCGGUUACUUUCAAGUGAGAAACAGUGUAGUCUAUAGACAUAACGUAGACAUUGUGCACCGAGAAGUUGUUGGAAAAAAACUUCAACUGAAGAGGAUUAAAAAGAAACAGUGCGAAAAACGAAAAACAGGAAACCCCCGAAACAAAAACAAACACUUUCAUUGCUCCCCAGGCAGAGCUUAGUAGAGAGUGCUUCCCGGAUCUAAUUUGACGGAAUCGUUAGUUGACCAGACCGACCUCAACAUCUCCCACCCCCCGCACCGACACGUUUUGCUGGGGGAUCGCGUGCCGAGAGUACAACGAUAAUAACAAUAAACUUGCGGAUAACAGCUACAGAAACAGCAAUAGAAUGUCCGCCCGCCUGACAUCGUUGUCCCCGUCAUCGGCAUCGGCAUCGGCAUCAUCCCUGCUCCCGGCCAGAGCCAAUUUCGGAUUACUCAACUGGCUCAUCAGUUGGCUGCUGCUGUCGAUGGCGCUGCUUAGAGGCUACAGCGCUGCGAUUGCCCCCACGCCACCCACGACCACCACCACGACCAUCUCGCCCUCGAAUCUGCUGCCCUACUUCGACUUUGACGUGCCGCGCAACUUGACCGUAACCGUCGGCCAAACCGGCUUCCUACACUGCCGCGUGGAGCGGCUGGGUGAUAAGGACGUCUCCUGGAUACGCAAACGUGAUCUGCAUAUACUCACCGCCGGCGGCACAACCUAUACAUCUGAUCAGCGUUUCCAGGUCCUGCGACCUGAUGGCUCGGCCAAUUGGACUCUGCAAAUAAAGUAUCCCCAGCCCCGUGACUCGGGGGUCUACGAGUGCCAGAUCAACACGGAGCCGAAGAUGUCCUUGUCAUACACCUUCAAUGUUGUGGAACUCAAGGCGGAAAUCUUUGGGCCCAGAGAUCUGAUGGUGAAGACAGGCAGCGACAUUAACCUAACCUGUAAAAUUAUGCAGGGACCCCACGAGCUGGGCAACAUAUUCUGGUACAAAGGCAGCGAAAUGCUUGAUGGCAAAGGCGAGAAUGAAAUUGACAGCUCCAUGGCCCGCAUCCGCGUCGAGGAUGAUUGGUCGGACGGCCUGACUUCGAGCAGAUUAAAAAUCAAGCACGCCAUGCCCGGCGAUACUGGCAACUACACCUGUGUGCCCACGGUGGCGAAAACCUCGAGCGUCUAUGUGCACGUAAUUAUUGGCGAACACCCGGCGGCUAUGCAACAUAACUCGAGCAGCAACAGCAACAGCUUUUACUGCGGCAUCUGCUGUAUGCUGCUUAGCAUUGUUUCCUGCUGCCUGCAGCAUUGGUACGAGUCCGGGAGUGGAUAUGUCUCAACAACGGCGAUGGCAAGUACGGGUUCGGGGCUCAAUUUCCCCCGGCGUGCAGUGCUGCAAACAAGAGGAACUGGAGUCACGAGAACAGCAGUAUCGACAACGGCAGCAGUGGCAGCUGCUGCAACUGGCAACAUGUUGCGAGCACGCCCGGCGGCGGCUCAGUGCAUGAGAUGAAGGAAUAAUCAACACGCCGGUGAGGCAAAACAGGAAUCAGCAGAACACUAAAAAGGCAAACACACAUACAAACACCACGCCCACAUUCAAGGUGAUUUAAUUUUUUUUUUGGGCGCGGUAAGGUCUGCGAUGGCUCAUGAAAAAGUAUUUAUUAAUGUCUAAGAUGAUGAGUGCACGUAGUUUAAAAAGAAAACGUAUUAUCCGAUAUGCGACGUUAUAGCAACAUGUGAAUGGAAAGAAAAGGGAAGGGAGGGAAAUGAAGCCAGAGGCUGGGAAACCCUAAGCCCUUCAUCUGGCUCUGGAAAAACCUAACCAUUUUCCGUGGAUUAUCAGAAUCUAGUUCAAUGUUUAUAGAGAAUAAACAAGAGACGAUGUAAUACAAAGUAAAGUUUUGUGCGAUUCGUUAUGAUUUUACUUGCCAGUGAUCGAUAGCAACAAUCGAUAAUUCGUAUUCGACUAUAGAAUCAAUACCGAUUGACAGUAAUAAGUAUCGAUAUAAAUGUCACAUCAUUAAUUAGAGAAAAAUCUAUUUAAAAUUUCUGAAAACCGAUUAUUUUUGUCUAUUUUUGAGUACCGUUAAUCAGCCACCGAUAUCCAAUUAUCGAUGCCUGUUAAUACUUUCAAAAAUAAUUUCCAAACAUCUAAAUGUGAUUUGUUCUUACAAUGAUUGUAGUGAAUUGAUAUCACACAGCCGGUAACCGUUUGCACUUGAUAAUCGACAACAAUUAUCGACUAUAGAUCAUCGAUUACCCACUACCGAUCACUGCCAACAGAUCAUCGUUGGCACACCCAUAGCUAAGUUUUCCAACACACUCUCAUUACGAAAUAAGACUUACUAGCUAUAAAUAUGCUUCGAACACGAACCCGAACCCCAACCACAACCCCUCCGCGGAGCUCUUCCGUUGAACCUCCCCGCCUUCUAUGGAACAUCGAACUGCCAAUAAACCCACACUGGACGCGUACACACAACUCUGUAGACCACACUGUCCGAAGUUGUUCGAUUGAAAUCUGCUGUAAAUAAUUGCCAUUCAACAGAGUAGUUACUCAAGAGUACUUCAAAGCAGCACUCAUCCGAUUAUUUCGUUUUCAAAUAACGCUCCCGGUUGCUUUGCACAUUUAUCAGUUUUAGGUAUUAGCUAUGGAUAAGUACGAGCAUGUAUUGUAAGUAUGUAUAGCCGGUAAGCCGAUAAGCUAGUGGAGUGGAGAAACAUUUCAUUCAUUCCACUCGUUCAGCACUCCAACAUUAUGGACAAAGCCUUGUUUAUCACGGACCCAAUUGUCGGAGAGACUCGUUUAAUUGUAUAUAAUUAGUUUUGGAUAAAAAAAGAGAUAGAAACAACAACAGAAACAUUAAAAAAUAAAUAUAAAAUAUGAUACAUAAAUGCAAUGGAUAAUUGUGUUUAUCGAUUGUUAAUUGAUACGAAUACGAUAACGAAGAGAAUGGUUCGGUCAGGGGCAGUGUAAAUAAAUUGAUUAUUAGACAAAAACUGUAAUUUUAAUUAACUCUUAGCCACAAAGAUACAAGUACGAUUCGAAUAGUCUAUAAGCGGCACAUCAGAGAAACCAAAAUGUCAAAAACCACACACAUAACUUAAUUCUCCAGAGAUAACCAGAGAAUUCAGACAACAAACGAAACAAAGAGUUCAUAUAAGAGAAGACAGAGUUAGCUAAAUUAAAUAUGGUUACAACAUAUUGUAUAUAGAAUGAAUGGAUUUUGCAUUAUCAAAACUGGCAUUGAACUUAUCCAAAGAUACGGACUCCACUCCCAAGGGUUCGUCCCCAUAGAUGCUUAGGCUAAGGUCUGUCCCCGAGUGCAAACAAUAACGAAACCAUAGCGACAAAAUACGAUAUGUAUUGCAACUAUAAGUAUAUCUUCAUCUAUAUAUAAACCAGGUACUCUAUAUACCCGUACAUACCGUAUAUGUGUGUUUGUGUGUGUAUCUACACAUUCAUCUACAGAUAAUAAUGUUUAACACAGCCACACAAAGACGAAAUGAAAUGAUGAAAUAAAAUUAUGAUUUA